AACAUCAACCUCUCAACUGCAACAGUUCAAGUUAAAUCCGAGAACUCCAACAACCUAACUCACAAUGUCGUUCAUCACUCGGGAAUACAAGUUUGAGAGCAGCAACGUGAUGCAGCAGAAAUCAGAUCAGCACACGAUGGCCAUGCGGAGUCUGAAGAAACUGGUCAAACCCCUUCUGCGGCUGGUGCGUAGGAAGCAGCUACUCCGGAAGACCCUCGCCGAGAUCCAGAACCAGAAUGCAGUCAAUGCCUCGCUGGAGGACAUGCGCCGCGAUCCGGCGGCCAGUUGCGAUAACAUGGCCAACGAGGAAUUGGAGCAGCGACUCUACAGUGAUCUGCGCCAGUGUCCCAACAAUGUGGCCAUGAUCGUCCAGCCGGGUCAGCAGCAGCAGGCAGUGGUGCCAGUUCAUCCAGAGCAAACCUUCAUCCCGGUUCACUUUGCACGCACCAGCAGCGGCACCUUCUUCUGGACAUCGGCCGAGGGCGCCCGCCAGCAUCACGAGCAGCAGAUGCGCCAACAGUUCGAUCGCUGGGUCCAGGCCUAGAGUCUCCAUCGGAUCAACCAUCGAUCCUCAUCCCAACUCGGCAGCUUUAAGUGCAAGUGUCUCCCAUCCAUUGGACGUCGGAUGGACGCGGGUUCAGCUUCGCAUGUUCGUAAUCUCAGGGUGAUAUUAGGCAUAGAUUGGAUCCCUUGGGCAGCCGCCCAAAGGAGACGCAACUCUAAUUGAUAUUCAAUUGUCACAAUCAAGCGUUACUACACGUAAACUCAUUGUGAUCCCUUGUGUCUUAUUAGCUUGUUAGGUUAGUCUAAGUCGAAUCAUUGUCUUCCAUGUUUGUUUGUUAGGGUCUUUCGAAUAGGUACCUAGGCUAAGAAUCAUUGUCUUCCAUGUAAAAUUCUAGAUAUAAGAACAAAAUAAAAUACUGAAAAAGAAA